AUGGCACCACGCGCUAUAAGUCACGUAGGAGGAGAGGAAGUGAUGGAGAUGGUGGAAACGGAUUUCAUAAUAUCAUCCAUUUUUGUGUUUAAGUUAUCGAUUUUAUUUGAUAUAUUUUCUUGUGCCGAGGAUGGUGGAGAGGGGAUGGAAGAUGGAGUGGGAGCUGAAACGGGAGAAGAAACGGAAGAAGAGACGACCGGUUUCUUGAGCCAGUCGCCCCUGUUGCCACCGCAGAUAAUGGCGUGCGGAUUCUAUAAGCCAAUGCUAUAA